AAACAUGUAUCAUAAUGUGAGUAACCCCCGCUACCACUUUCCACUUGCACAAGCAAAAUUAAAUGCAGGCUAACUCCCUUGCUGAGAAAAAAAAUGAGUUUCUCAACAAAAUCAAAAACAUAGUAUUAAAUGCAGCAGCUGGGAUCCUCACCCACCCUUUACCCCUCAAAAAAAUCACACCCUCCCUAAUUCCCUCUCUCUUUCUCUCUCUCUCUCUCCCUUCACAAAUGGCUAACAAUUCCUUUUCUCAUUCCCUUCUCUUAUUUUUUUCUUUUUUUUAUUCACUCCCAUGUCCUCUGAUCACUUCCCCCACCUCGGCCUCGGCUACUCCAUCGCCAUAGCCCUCGCCUUCCUCUUCCUCCUCUCCACACUCCUCCUCUCCUCCUACCUAUGCUGCCGCCACAACCGCCGCCGCCACACCCAAACCACCGCCUCCGCCGCCGCCUCCGACGGCGGCAUCGUCCUGCCACGUGUCAUAUUCGUGGCGGAGGACGAUGACGAGGAUGCCGAUGCCUGCAUGGUGGUGGGGCUCGACCAGAGCGUGAUAAACUCGUACCCAAGGUUCCAGUUUAACAAGGACAGCGAUGCGCGGAAUAUUAUUAACACCACGUGCUCCAUAUGUUUGUGCGAGUACAAGGAUUCGGAGAUGCUGAGGAUGAUGCCAGAGUGCCGCCAUUACUUCCACCUAUGUUGUCUCGAUUCGUGGCUGAAGCUCAAUGGCUCUUGCCCCGUUUGCAGAAACUCGCCGCUCCCGACGCCGCUUUCUACGCCGCUGCAGGAGGUGGUGCCGCUCUCUCAGUAUGCUGCUGAUAGGAGAAGAAAUAGGUGAACUUUUUUUAUAUUAUUUAUAAAAGAACAACUUUUUGGGGGUUGUUGGGUUAAUUGGUGAUGUGGGUUUUGUUUUUUUGUUGGGAUAUUUAAAGUUUUCAUCUUUCGUAUUUUUAGGAGUGGGGAGGAAGGGGAAGAAAAUAGAGGGUUUUUUUUUUUAGUUUUGAUUUAGGUUUCAUGUGAGGGAAAUGGGGAAAAAUUAUUAGGGCUAGUUGGUUGAUUAUGUAAUUCCUCCAUAGGGGUGUUUCGAUUUGUUUUUUCUUCUCUUUUACAUAGAUUAAUUCAAGUAAAUGUUCUAGUAAAAAAAAAUCAAGUAAAUGUUUGCUUCUUUCUUUAUAAAAUUGUGUGCUUUUUUGGUUUGACAA